GCUCGCCGUAGAACCCGCGACAGAAAGGGACGGUUGCCUUGGAGCCGGAGGGAAGCGCCCCGGGAAUCCCUCCCGAAGUCCGGGCUACCAUGUCGGUGUUGGACGCGCUUUGGGAGGACCGAGAUGUCCGGUUCGACGUGUCCUCUCAACAAAUGAAAACAAGACCGGGAGAGGUCCUUAUUGAUUGUUUAGAUUCAAUAGAAGACACCAAAGGAAACAAUGGGGAUAGAGGUAGAUUGUUAGUGACAAAUUUGAGAAUUAUAUGGCAUUCUUUGGCAUUACCCAGAGUCAAUCUUUCUGUUGGCUACAACUGCAUAAUCAAUAUUACAACAAGAACUGCUAAUUCUAAGUUACGGGGCCAGACUGAAGCUCUUUACAUACUAACAAAAUGUAACAAUACUCGUUUUGAAUUUAUAUUUACAAAUGUGGUUCCUGGGAAUCCUAGACUUUUUACCUCUGUCAUUGCAGUACACAGAGCUUAUGAAACUUCUAAAAUGUACCGUGAUUUUAAACUAAGGAGUGCAUUAAUUCAAAACAAACAACUAAGAUUAUUACCACAGGAACAAGUAUAUGAUAAAAUCAAUGGCGUUUGGAAUUUAUCCAGUGACCAGGGAAAUUUGGGAACCUUUUUUAUUACUAACGUGAGAAUUGUUUGGCAUGCAAAUAUGAAUGACAGUUUCAAUGUCAGUAUACCAUAUCUGCAAAUUCGUUCUAUAAAGGUCAGAGAUUCAAAGUUUGGUUUAGCACUUGUUAUAGAGAGCUCUCAACAGAGUGGAGGAUAUGUUCUUGGUUUCAAAAUAGAUCCUGUGGAGAAACUACAGGAGUCAGUAAAGGAAAUAAAUUCACUUCACAGAGUCUAUUCUGCCAGUCCUAUAUUUGGGGUGGAUUAUGAGAUGGAAGAAAAGCCUCAACCUCUUGAAGAUCUGACAGUUGAACAAAUUCAAGAUGAUGUGGAAAUAGAAUCUGAUGAACACACUGAUGCUUUUGUGGCUUAUUUUGCUGAUGGCAAUAAGGUCACUCACAAAAUGGAUUCCCAGCGGGAACUCGCAGAGGAACUGCGGCUUUACCAAUCCACCCUUCUUCAGGAUGGUCUAAAAGAUCUCCUGGAUGAGAAAAAAUUCAUCGAUUGCACCCUGAAAGCAGGGGACAAAAGUCUUCCUUGCCACCGACUGAUUUUGUCAGCUUGUAGCCCUUAUUUCCGUGAGUAUUUCUUAUCUGAAAUUGAUGAGCAGAAAAAAAAGGAGGUAGUACUAGAUAAUGUGGACCCCGCUAUCCUGGAUUUAAUUAUCAAAUACCUUUAUUCAGCCAGUAUUGAUCUCAAUGAUACAAAUGUGCAAGAUAUUUUUGCCUUGGCUAGCCGUUUUCAGAUCCCCUCAGUGUUCACUGUCUGCGUUUCCUAUCUUCAGAAAAGACUUGCUCCUGGUAACUGUCUAGCCAUCCUGAGAUUAGGUCUUCUUCUUGACUGCCCAAGACUUGCGCUAUCUGCUCGUGAAUUUGUGUCCGACCGCUUUGUACAGAUUUGCAAGGAAGAGGAUUUUAUGCAACUUUCCCCACAGGAACUGAUCUCAGUUAUUUCAAAUGAUGGCUUAAAUGUAGAAAAGGAAGAAGCAGUGUUUGAAGCAGUAAUGAAAUGGGUCCGAACAGACAAAGAAAACAGGGUAAAAAAUCUUGGAGAAGUAUUUGAUUGUAUCCGUUUUCGUCUUAUGACAGAAAAAUAUUUCAAAGAUCAUGUUGAGAAGGAUGAUAUAAUUAAAAGCAACCCUGACCUACAGAAAAAAAUCAAAAUUCUAAAAGAUGCUUUUGCAGGAAAACUCCCUGAGCCUAACAAAAAUGCAGAGAAGACUAGUGGCAGUGAGGUGAAUGGUGAUGUGGGUGAUGAAGAUUUGCUUCCUGGAUACCUGAAUGACAUUCCCAGGCAUGGAAUGUUUGUCAAAGACCUCAUUCUUUUGAUUAAUGACACAGCUGCAGUGGCUUAUGACCCCACAGAAAAUGAAUGUUACCUUGCUGCACUGGCUGAGCAGAUCCCCAGAAAUCAUUCCAGCAUAGUCACCAAACAAAAUCAAGUGUAUGUUGUAGGAGGAUUGUACGUAGAUGAAGAAAACAAGGAUCAGCCUCUACAGUCGUACUUCUUUCAGUUUGAUAAUGUAGCAGCUGAAUGGGUUGGACUUCCUCCUCUUCCAUCAGCCAGGUGUCUCUUUGGCCUGGGAGAAGCAGAUGACAAAAUCUAUGUAGUGGCUGGCAAAGAUCUUCAAACGGAGGCUUCACUGGAUUCAGUUUUAUGCUUUGAUCCUGUGGCUAUAAAAUGGAAUGAAGUGAAAAAGCUUCCUAUCAAAGUCUACGGCCAUAAUGUGGUUUCACAUAAUGGAAUGAUAUAUUGUCUGGGAGGAAAGACAGAUGACAAAAAAUGUACAAAUAGGGUAUUUAUUUACAACUCCAAAAAAGGAGACUGGAAAGAUUUGGCCCCAAUGAAAACCCCUCGUUCCAUGUUUGGAGUGGCAAUCCAUAAAGGCAAAAUUGUGAUUGCAGGAGGUGUCACGGAAGAUGGCCUCUCAGCUUCAGUAGAAGCUUUUGAUCUUAUCACCAAUAAGUGGGAAGUGAUGCCUGAAUUUCCCCAAGAGAGAAGUUCUAUCAGUUUAGUCAGUAUGUCUGGAUCUCUUUAUGCUAUUGGUGGGUUUGCUAUGAUUCAACUUGAGUCCCAGGAAUUUGCACCCACGGAAGUCAAUGAUAUAUGGAAGUAUGAAGAUGAUAAAAAAGAAUGGACUGGCAUGUUAAAGGAGAUUCGUUAUGCCUCAGGAGCUAGCUGCCUGGCAACACGCUUCAAUCUUUUCAAACUCUCUAAAUUAUAGACAAGAAAAGUGACAAAAUGUAAUCGGUGGGAGUUUUUAUUAUGGAUUUUUAAUUUGUUGUGUUUUAAAAAGACUGUACAGAAAUUUAUAUAGAAAUCUAUUGUUAUUGUGUCAUUGUCUGAAAUGUUGGCAACUUUUGUAGAUAAUGAAUCAAAGUAAAUAUAUUCUUAAUGUAAUAAUCAGUCAUCAUAAAGAUUUCUAAAAGGAGAUGAAAGAUAAAAUUGAAUUUAUACAAUCCUGUUGGUAAUUUGUCUGAUCCAAAUGUCUGUAAAGAGAUAUUAAGUUCAAAUUGUCUGUGCCUUUAUAGCUAUCAUUUGUAUUAUUAGGCUACUUUUACACUCAUUUUCAAUUACAAUCGAAGUUUGAGGAUGCAAUGUGUCUUUUUUUAACAACAACAAAAAAACCUUUCUGUUUCUCUUGUAUCAAGUUAAAAAUUGUCAAACAAUUUCCUCAAUACAUCAAAAUAUUGAGAUAUUAAUAUUAUGCUUAGUAAUGAAGAAAAUAAUGCAAGAUUUCAGAAAUGGUAUUUAAGACCAUUAAAGGAUCUUUUCAUCACUUAAGGGAAAAAGUCUUGAAGUAAAAUAGUGAAAUUUAAGUGUUCUUUCUUUUCCCUUCUUGUCCUUGUAAGCCUGUGCAUCAUCCAAUUUCCAACUUUCUUUGGUUUACCAAUAAAUCAGUGAUUCUAUCUUUAAAAAUUCAAAAUCAGGAAACUCCAUAAGCUACUAUCUCUCUCUCUCUCUCUCUCUCUCUCUCUUUUUAUUUUUUUGCAGGGGGUGGGGAGUUGGGAGAGUACCAAUAAAGAAAUUGAUUUAUUCAUUAA